CUGUUGCUGUCAGCCAGCCACCUUCUCCACGGCAACCAUGUGCGACCGGAAGGCCGUGAUCAAAAAUGCAGACGUGUCAGAAGAGUUGCAACAGGACUCGGUGGAGUGUGCUACUCAGGCACUGGAGAAAUACAACAUAGAGAAGGACAUUGCAGCUCAUAUCAAGAAGGAAUUUGAUAAGAAGUACAAUCCUACCUGGCAUUGCAUCGUGGGGAGGAACUUCGGUAGUUACUUGACACAUGAAACCAAACACUUCAUCUACUUCUACCCGGGCCAAGUGGCCAUUCUUCUGUUCAAAUCUGGUUAAAAGCAUGGACCAAAAAGGCCGGGCGUGGUGGCUCAUGCCUGUAAUCUCAACACUUUGGGAGGCCAAG